UCAUGGAAAAUCUGACCCACUUGUACAGCUAAGCCGCGCUAAAGAGCACCAACUCGCGCCUUCCCUGUUCAACGCGCUCUCACGUGCAGGCCUAUAACUUUUCUGCCUCCUUACAACUGCAAGCUCGAUGAUCGCCGCAACACGCCAAAAUGACGAAUGUGCUGUGCGUAGCGGAGAAGCCGUCGAUCGCAAAGGCGGUCGCCAACCAUCUCGGCGGUAGAGUAACAACUGACAGCGUUCGUGGUAUUCAGUGGGUCAAGAACUACAGAUUCAACUUUCAUUUCCAGCAAUGGGGACAGUGCAACGUCACGUUCACAUGCGUUGCUGGCCAUAUUGUAGCUCAAGACUUUACCGAACGGUACAGGAAGUGGCACUCUUGCCCACCCGCAGAUCUGUUCGAGGCUCCUAUACAAAGCUUCAUCGCGGAGGACAAGAAGGUAGUGGCAAGCAACAUAGAGUCACAAGCUCGCGGUUCGCAGAUUCUCUUCAUCUGGACCGAUUGCGAUCGAGAGGGCGAGAACAUUGGAACCGAGAUUCGCGACAUCGCCUUGAAGGUGAACCCACGACUUCGUGUUUACCGCGCGCGGUUUAGCAACAUCGAAAGGGCUCAUGUCAUCCACGCUUCGCAGAACCCCGUACAGCUUGAUGAUGCCCAGUCAAACGCAGUCGCCGCUCGCAUGGAGCUCGAUCUACGUCUUGGUGCUGCGUUCACGCGCAUGCAAACACUGAACCUGCAAAACAUGAUUCCUGUACGGAGCAACGAACGGGGCAAGCUGAUUAGCUACGGCUCCUGCCAGUUCCCUACCCUCGGAUUUGUGGUUGAUCGAUAUCUUCGAGUGCGUAAUUUCAUUACAGAGGCCUUCUGGUACAUCAAGGUGCAUCACACCAGGGAUGACGUGGAAGUCAAAUUCAACUGGCAGCGAGGCCAUCUUUUCGAUCGCAUCGCCGUUAUCUUGAUCUUCGAGAGGUGCCUGGUCUCGAAGACGGCAAAGGUUACGAAGAUGGCCAAGAAGCCAACCAAGAAGUGGAAGCCGCUCCCUCUUACGACCGUUGAGCUGCAGAAGAUGGGCAGCAAGUUCCUGCGUAUGACAUCGCAAGAAGUCAUGAAAGUCGCCGAAGAUUUAUACACAAAAGGAUGGAUCAGCUACCCGCGUACUGAGACCGACCAAUUCGAUCGAGGCAUGGAUCUCCGCAGUAUUGUCUUUCGACAGAUCCAAGACAGCCGCUGGGGACCCUUCGCACAAGGCCUAAUGAAUGGCGGCUUCAACCAGCCGCGCAUGGGUCGCAGCAACGACAAGGCACACCCACCUAUCCACCCCGUCAACUACGUGGCCUCCAAUGCGCUUCACAGUGAGAACGAACGCAAGGUGUACGAAUUUGUCGUCCGUCGCUUUCUCGCCUGCUGUUCUGAGGAUGCGGCUGGUGAAGCCACAGAUCUCGAGAUCGACUAUGGGUCAGAGAUCUUCCACGCGCACGGCUUACGGGUCAUCGCACGAAACUACCUUGACGUGUACCCGUACGACAAAUGGGAGAGUAGCCAACAACUACCGCAGUACACUGUAGGCGAGGCCUUCGAACCCACCGAAGUCAACAUGCUCGAUGGCAAGACGUCAGCACCUUCUUACCUCACCGAACCCGAGCUCAUCGCUCUCAUGGACGUCAACGGCAUUGGCACCGACGCAACAAUGGCCGAACACAUUGCCAAGAUCCAAGAGCGCGAGUACGUGAUCGCACGACCCAAAGGCGGGGCUGCAGGUAAUGUCGGCAACAACGCAGGCAGAGGUCGCGGCCGAGGAAGAGGGGGUGGUGCUCGAGGAGGCCGUGGCGGCGCAGCAGCGGGUCCCAACGGAGGCGGGAGAGCGGCAGUUGGCGGAGUGCAAGAGUUCAUUCCAACGACAUUGGGUAUCGCCCUUAUCGAGGGGUAUGACAAUGUGGGUAUUGAGACCAGCCUGAGCAAACCGUUUUUACGCAAAGAGAUGGAACUCCAGAUGAAAGCCAUCUGCGAAGGGCGGACGACGCGCAACGACGUCGUGCAACAGAACCUGGAUCAGUACCGCGCCGUCUUCAACCGUACCGUGCAGCAGAUCAACAUUCUCAAAUCUGCUAUCACCAAGUACGUGGUUCAGGCGAAUCACGGCUGACCUGUAGUCCACAUGCAAACGCUUGCGCCAAACCAGAUCCACUUGCGCCG